AUGGUGGUGACAUUUACGGAAGAGGUUGAACGGGAAUAUCUGAGGAUGGGCCAGGACGAAGAGUUCAUCAAUGGGCUUGUCGCACUUCGGCGACAGCUUGUUGAGCAUGUGUCUUCCACAAAGUCCCAAAACAAAGUAGGACCUCAUGUCGCGGAGGCACCGUCCGCAAUCCACCAACACUACUAUACCAGCGAGGCCGCCUACGACUUUGCCACAGAGCUUGAUCUAAGCAUGCUUGAUGAUGCUUGGCCUUCGGUCUGGACGAACGAUCUAGACGGUUUCUACAUGGAUGACCCAGACCAAGACAUGAACAUUUAA